AUGUUUAUGGCUUUCAGAGCGAAACAAGAAAAGGAUGCGAAAGAUGGAAAUGAAUCUUCCUUAGCAGUACUACUCACUCAAGGUUUAUUGGCAAAUGACAAUGUUAAAAUAGACAGCGUACUGAAAGAAAACAAAUUGGAUAUUAUUAAUUCGACCAUCCGUUGUAUGCAAGUUUCUAAUGUUGUUCCUUUACUGAAAGCCAUUGAGUAUCGUUUAAGAUCAAGAUCGCCUCUAGAAAUGAGAUCGUGGAUUCAAUGGAUUAAUUGCGUUCUUGCCCAUCAUAUGAGUUAUUUGACCACACAACAAAACUUGGAUGAUGAAUUAGGAGGAUUGUUCGAAUGGAUGAAGGGCCGUGUCGGAAAUUAUCAAAAACUUCUGAUGUUGCAAGGAAAACUAGGAAUUAUUGUAGAGCAGAUUGAACGACGUACCAAUACAACAGUUAGGCCAUCUCUACAACCACAGAUUGUAUUCAAUAACGAUGAAGUUGAUUCUGACCUUGACGAUCUUGAAUCAGUAGGAUCUGAUGAUAGUGGAGCCAGCAGUGAAGAUGACUGGUGGGAUGAGGGAGAAAAAGCUCUCGGACUUAAGGAUGACGACGACGACGAUGAUGAUGAUGAUGAUGACGUUGAUUUCGGCUCUGAUGAUGAUGUUGCUCAAAGGAGAGGUGGCAACAAUGCCAAUGACGACGAUGAUAGUAGUGAUGACGAUGAUGAGGAUGAGGAGGAAGAUAUGGAAGUAGGCUAA